CCGGCCGCCCGCAUCGGCCAUGGACGCAGAUCGGAAUGUGAGAGGAGGUGCCACCCCCCCAGACUCCGAGGACUCCCAGCGCACUGAGCACCCAGAGUUCCCGAAGCUCCCUCGCCGGCCACAGCUCCUGGAUGAGGCCGGAGAGGCCGGUGAAGAAGGGGCCGCGGGCGCCUCUGCCUGCUCCCAGGCCACGGGCGAGGCCAGGCAGGAGCCCAAGCUGGCACCCGGCGGGGUCCCCAACAUUGGCUUUGUGGGCGAGCCCCCACCUUAUGCUCCGCCUGACCCCAAAGCAGUGCAUCUGCUCUACCCACCCUUCCCCCAGGUGCCUGUGCUGUUCCAGCCAGGGCCCUCGCCCCAGGCCCUGUACCCACCCCCUGCUGUGGGCACACCCCUCUACUCUGCGGCGCCUCCCUCACCGAUGCCCCUCUUCUCAGCCCCCACUGGCGGAGCAGGUGCCUUCCCCUUUCCUAUGUACAACAAUCAGAUGCCAGCCCCCCCCACGGUGGAGCACAGGCCGCUGCCCAAGGACUAUCUGAUGGAAUCAGUGCUGGUGACCCUCUUCUGCUGCCUGCUUACUGGCCUCAUCGCCAUUGUCUACUCCCACGAGACCCGCGCAGCGCUGAGCAGGGGUGACCUGGCCCAGGCCGAGGAGGCGUCCAAGAAGGCCCGCUCGCUUGUGCUCUUCAGCCUGCUCUUCGGGGUCUUCGUGUCCACGAGCUGGGUCAUCUACGUGGUGGUGGCCCUCUACCUUCCCUGAGGGUACCUGCCGGGACACCCAGAGGUCCCCAGCCUGGCCUGACUCUUUCUGUGGACCCUGGUCCUUGUCAGGAGCCAGGUGUCCCCUGCAAGGGGGUGGGGGUCUGGGAGCAGGGACGAGGCCGCCCUCAGCAGCUAUGUAAUCGGGCCUCAGCCCCCGAGGGGGCCCAGGGGCCCAAGCCCAGUGGUGGGAGGAACCCAGGAGCCCUGGUUCCUAGACACCUCUGUUGAGGUCUUCCGGCCCCACCCCUGUCUUCACCUUACAUCCGAGGGACCCGAUCUCGGAGCCCUCUGCGAAGGAGCCGACAGACUCCUCCUCCUCCCAACUGUCAGUAUUGAUUUUUCCCUGUGGGAGAGUUGGGAGCUCUCCCCACAUCCAGGCCUUUCUGUUUCGACCUCGUGAUCCUCUCUCUGGGGCUCCCGGCUGCUUGGCUCUCCACCCCUGCUCCAUCCCAGGGGACAGGGUCCACUACAGCCACUGUCUGGUCAACAAACAUCCAUGACACCGUGUGUAGAACUUCGGGUGGCUGCCUCCAGGUCACUGCUUGCUCCUGGCUCACUGACAGGCCCGCAGCUGGGCUUCCAGGGGCCCCUCUGAGAUGCCCUUAGGUUGCAGGCGGCUCCAGCCAGGAAGCUUUAUUGCGCCCACAUACAGCUCUAGCGAGCUGUCCCCCCUCUUCUCCCUGGACCCACUUCUCCUGGGCCAGCCUUUCUGGGAACUUCGCUUCUGUUUAGCUGGGCUGGCUUCCCAGCAGGGGGUGGGAAGCAACAAACUGACUUUCUGGCUCUUUCAAGGAGUGUCUGCCUCAUUUGUUGAGGAAGCUGGGUCUUCCCCAUGUGUAAAAUGGGGCAGUGGCACAACCUGCCCCUGGAGUGUCCAGGGCGGCCUCGUGGAGAACCCCGAGGGUGUUCCCAGGGGGCAGACAGUGGAGUUGAGCCCCCCCACCUCCCUGGGCAGCCAGGAACCUCCUGACCAGCAGAGAGGGGAGUCAGUUCAUGGACCCUGCUUUGCUGAGCCCCCAGUAAGCGAUUCACCAGGAUUAAAAAUAAAAAUCAUCUACUUAGGUGGGGGUGGGGGGUGGAGGGGGCUAGCAGAGUUGGACCAGACUGAGGGCUUAAGUGGGGCCCAGGCCCAGGCCACCUGGCCCCCUGGAAUGAGGAAGUGGAGAGCAACAUACCUGGAGAUGGUGGAGUGGCUCAGGGGCAGGACACAGGGCUGGUCCUGAGUUUGUAGGCCAGCUGCAAAGGGAGGAGCAAAGGGUUUCUUAGCUGAUGAGCAGAUGCCACAACUGGCCUUUGAUGACAACUCAAUAGCCCAUGCUCCCCAAGCGCUUCAGUAAGAUCACAAGGGAAAGACAUCAUCUUGACCUGUUGCUCCUUCCGGUCCCCUGGGAGGUGGUGAUAAAGUGCAGCUUGCCAGUCAACAGGCCAGCCCAGGGAGGCGGCUGCAUGCCCACUGAGAGACCUGGUGAUGCCGGACCCCAGCACAGGAUCCCAUGUGACAUGGCACAGGCAGAGGGAUGGCACUAAGGCUGCCCAACAAGGGCCUCACCAGGGUGUCACCAACUCACAUGUCACCAUUCCCCGGCCCUCCUUCCAAACCAGAGCCUACAGAGAAGCCUUAGUAAAGUUUAUUAUCAAUGCUACUUAGAGAAUAAUAUGAGAGCGACUGAGUUGAAAAUUGCUUAAUGUAAUAUUUCUUAGUCACUGAGUGGAAGCCUUUGUUUUUUUUCCUCUUCUCCUUUUUUAGCUUUAAUUCUUACUUUAUGCUUAAAAACACCUCCCCCCAAAGUUAUUGCUAUAGGUUCAAAAAUACUUCUUACCAUAAUAUUGUAGCUAAAAUACCAGAAAAUUUGGCAAAACUGGUGCCUAUGAAAACCUGGGUGGCAGUGGAGUCCAUGGAAUAUUGACUUCUCGUGUACACUUGGAAAGCCCAGGCGGACAGCAGGAGCUUGUAUCCUGAGGGCGAAACCAUGUGCUUCAAAGGUGGGUGUAAUUGGGUAAUAAUGACAGCUCUGAGCAGACCACACUGGAAGGUUCCAAAAGUAAAUUGGCAGAGUCUAAGGUACAUGCAUUUUGAUGUAUAUAAACUGGACUUUAAAAAAAAUAUUUUUGUUAAAUCAUAUUGAUGUGAAUUAAGGGGAAGGGCGGAGUGAAGACCCA